GAUGCAUGGCGUGUGUUGAAAAGAUAAGAUAAUGUCUACAUACUUCCAGACAGCGUAAUCAGGCCACAAGAUGGACAUGUCCAGGUGUCACUCACUCGCCAUAUUGUUAUUAGCUCACAUCUUUGCAUUGACAAAUACAUUUCUCAUCUCUACACCGACAGGAGAUUGUCCCAAUCCAGCCACCAAUUGCUUAGAUGAAACUUUCAAUAAAGUAUUUGACAAUCUUGGUUGUCUGGGUUGCCAAACAGGAUGCAAAGCUGGGUAUAUUAUGACUGCCAACUGGAAGUAUUACACCACAAAUAAAAACAUAACAGAGCCACAAUGGCUGUGCAUACCAGGGACAACCUGCCCCUGGGGACAUUUCCCGGACAAGCAAGGCACUCUGGAUUCUUGUCCAUAUUGUGGAGACGGCUGCCUCAAUUGUCACAGCUUCUACAAGUGUGAACAAUGUCUACUGGGAUUUCGUCUGAUGAGAUCUAAUUCCACUGACGGAACUGAGAUCUCGCACUGCGCAUCUACGGGAAUUGCAUGUCCAGUCCCUCCUGACCACUGUCAACACAGCGUGUAUGUAGUGGCGGUCACUGGGUGUCAAGGGUGUAUCAUUUGUGACACUGGUUAUGUGUCAGUGGCAAACCAAAAGUACAGGCGAGCUUCCUCGGAUAGAACAGCCGACUACGUGUACAAUGGUAUCUCAAUAUCAGGAACUAUAGAAUUAAAUGAACCAAGAUAUACUUGUGUCCAAGGGACAACUUGUCCGAGUGGCUACCACUUUGUACAUAGAGGAGAACUAGUCACGUGUGAAGUUUCAGUGAAUGACGUAACAGUUGGCUGACGAAGACGUCAUUAGUGAAGAAGACAGAGAUAAGAUUGGAAUGAAUAAAGAUAUUUCAGUGUACAUUUGA